CCGGGGUCGCAAUCGCAGGCUUGGCGGCUGUGCGGCUCCAAAGCAGGCGCGUACAACCACCCAUUCCCUCCGCAGCGCAACAAUGCCGCAAUCCUGCAAAGACAUCCGAGCCGCCCUAGCCUUCUGCCUGCAGAACAGCGACUGCAUCAUGGUCGAGCGCCACUCGCCGGGCGACUGCUUGCGGCCGCCGCUGAAAUACACGCUCCCGACGCAGUGUCUGCAGCUGCAGAAGGGCUAUGCCGAGUGCAAAAAGGGCCAGAUCGAUAUGCGCAAGCGGUUUCGCGGGAACCGCCCCAUUGCCGUGCAGGGCCAGCUCGAGACGGGCGCGUUUGGCAAGGGCAGGGCUGAGGCGGACGAGAAGUCCGGCACGAUUGAGGAGAAGGGGUAUAUGCUGUAUGCGGGCAGGCCGUACAAGGACGUCAAGGAGACCAAGGGCGAUGAGGACCCGGAGGGGAAGGGGCUGGAGAGGUGAUGUCCAGUGUACAAAAAUUUAUGUUGCAUCAACGGCGUUAGGGACGGACAUGUGAGGUCAACUCCUCUCUGUAUGAACACCCAUGUAAAACACGUACGAGAAUACCCAGUCAAUUGCUAUGACGAGCUGCGAGCUAGAGAAUGGCCCCAACAGCCUGGAAGAUCAGGUACCCAUGUAAAGCACACCUCCUCGCGACAUACUGGCCA